CCGACACGGGGCACCCCCACCCCACAUGGAUUCAGCGUCCAUUCAACACUACACAGUAACCUGCAGACGCGAGGCAAGCUCCGGUCUCUUCCCGUGGCAGACCAACCGUCACCUCAGCGAUCGCAUAAGAUGGCAGGCUUUCUGCGCGCCCGGCAGGCCGGUAUUCAGAACGACCUGUCGGCGGGCAUCCCGCCGGGGUCGUUUUCCCCGGACGAGCUAUCACGAUACGGGAUUAACUCCCAGAUUAGCUGUCUCGCCUACGACCCAAUCCAGUCCCUCCUCGCCGUCGGCACGCACGCCUCCCGCUACGGCGCAGGCAAGAUCUACGUCUUUGGCGCCCGCCGCAUCGUCCGCUCCUUCUCCCUCACCUCCUCCACCCCGGUUGCUCCGUCGUCCUCCACCACCUCCUCCUCCUCAGCCUCUGCUGCCGCGGAGGGCCUAUCCGUGCGGCAGCUCUCCUUCGUCGCCAACCGCCUGGUCAGCCUCGACUCGCGCAACGAGCUCGCCGUCUGGUCGCUGCACACGGGCGAAAAGCUCGCCCGGUCCAGCUACGGCCGCGUCAGCUGUGUGCUCACCGACCCGGGGCUAGACUGGGCUUUUGUUGGUCUGCAGGCGGGCGGCGGGGAGGUGUGGGCGUACGACCUGGACCGGGAACGCCCCGCGGCCGGGUUCCGGCUGCCGAACUUCUGGAAGGCCAAGGUUGAGAAGGAGAAGCCUGGCGGUGGACUGGGGAUGGGACUGGGGAUGGGAAUGGGGGUGGAGAUUGUCUCGUUGCGGCUGCAUCCGAGGGAUAUUGGGAAGUUGCUGAUUGGGUAUACCCACGGCGCGGUGGUGUACUCGUUCAAGCAGAAUGCCGUGCAGCGGUUCUUUGAGUAUGUCGUGCCCGCUGGCGCACCGGGCGGGAAUGGGGAGGGGACGGAUCGGGAGAGGAAGCCCAGGCUGGUCAGGGCGCUGUGGCAUCCUUCGGGCACGUUUGUGUUGACGGCACAUGAGGAUGGGAGUCUGGUGUUUUGGGAUCCCAAGGAUGGGCGGGUGGUUGCGGCGAGGUCGGUGUAUACUACCAGGGUUAACGAGGUUGGCGCGAAGAAGAAAGGGGAGAAGCCGACGCCGCUGGCACCGUUUGGGAGGAUUGCCUGGUGCUGCAAGCUGCAUUCCCCCGAUGAUACCGCGCUGUUGAUUGCCGGUGGCCAGGCGCUGGAUGAACAGGAGAAGGGCCUGACGUUUCUGGAGCUGGGGCCGACGCCGAUAUAUGCGACUUCGUCGUGGGAGGCGCUCACGAACCACUUCGAGGGAAAGCGUCGGUUGACGCUGCCGAUACCGCCCGGGGCCGAGGUGGCAGAUUUCUGUCUGGUGCCCCGGUCGACGCCCUUUUUUGACGGCGCACAAGACCCGAUUGCGGUUCUGGUCUUGUUGACGUCGGGCGAGGUCCUCACCAUGACCUUUCCUUCCGGGUACCCCAUCAGCCCGACGAACAUGCUGCAUCCGAGCAUGUCCUUUGUGCACCCCUUUGUGCAGAAGAUCGCCGUCAGCACCAUGCCGCGGGAACGGUGGCUGGGUCUGGCCGAGAGGCGCGAUCAGGGGGAUCCGAUUCUCAUGGGCGGCGCGCCCGCUGCGAAGAGGAGAAGAACCGGCUGGGAUUUCCGCAACAUCAUACAGGUUGCGCAUGCCGACAGCACGAUCCGGAUAUGGGACGUCGGUUUUAACGACGACAUAGAGAACCCGGCCCAGCUACAGGUUGACGUGGCCAGGGCGCUCGACCGGUUCGAAGAUGUCAGCGUCACCGCUCUCGCCAUGGCCGAUGCGACGGGCGAACUCGCUGCCGGUACAAGAACGGGCGAGGUGGUCGUCUAUCGAUGGGGCGUCAACAGGAACUACGGGCGCGACGCGACAAAGCCGAUCGACCCGAACCCGGAAGGCCUGUCGGAUAUCUCGUCUCGUUCGUCGCCGUCGCUGAAGGAGGGCCUUCAGCCCCUGGUCCUGUACGAGAUGAUGCAGGGCCCGGUGAGCGUGGUGACCGUCUCGGACGUCGGCUUCGUUGCAGUCGGGUCGGAAGGCGGCUUUUUCAGCAUCAUUGACCUACGCGGGCCGAGUAUCAUCUACCAAGCCUCCAUCACGGAGUUUGUCAAGGAGGAGAAGCGAUCGUCGUUCCUCAAAGGACAUUCCUCCAAGGGGUCCACUGCGACCAAGGAGUUUCCCACAGUUGUCGAGUUUGGUGUGAUGACAAACGACGGGGACAACUAUUCCAGCAUCGAUUGCUUCGUGGGCACCAACCUGGGGCGCGUGGCCACUUUCAAGAUCCUACCGGCUGGAAAGACAUAUUCUGCGCAAUUAGCCGGCGUGACCAAGAUUGGCCAUGACAAGGUGGUGGCCAUCUGUCCGAUCAAUGCGGACACCGGUCAGCCCGCGGGCGCUACGGGGCUCGCGGUUGCGGGGCUCAGUCAGGGGAAGCAAGUCAACGGCGUCCUUGUAGUCGUCACGCAAACGGAAAUCCGCAUCUUCAAGCCCGCCGCGGCAAAGGGCGCAUCUAAGUCCUUUGACGACCAGCUCUGCGACGCAGCCCGCGUGACCGAGUUCCCCGGCCACGGCGUCGCGCUCGUCGCCGUUUUUGGCGACCGCACGACGAGAGCUUAUUCCCUGCCGGCGCUGAAAGAGAUGGGUCGCGCCAGCCUGCCCAUGCUCGACCCCAGCCGGACCAUCUCCACCGUCAUCUCCCGGACAGGCGAGAUCUUGGGCUGGACGGGGCCGUCCGAGAUGGCGGUUCUGUCGGUGUGGCCGUCAUCAUCAUCUUCAGGCGUCGUCCCGCUAGAGGACACGCUGAUUAACCCGGAGCUGGUGCUCCCGCCGCGGCCGACCAUCAGCAACCUGCAAUGGAUCUCGGGCACGCAAUACGUCAGCCCGACCGACCUGGAUCUGCUGAUUGGCGGCGAGGGCCGGCCGGCGAGUAAGAGGAUGAUGGAGGCUGCCGCGGCCGAGAGGGGCAUGGCCAGCGGUGGUGGUGGUGCUGGUGCUGGUGCAAGGGCGGGAGGAGGAACGGGUCAGGAGGGCUGGGGCGAGUACCUGGCGCGGCAGCUCAACGAGCGCACCGAGAGGCUGAAUAUGGUGGACGAUGCCAUGAGCAAGCUGCAGGAGACCAGCCAGGGCUGGGCCGAGGAUGUGAACAAGUUUGUGAAGAGGCAGAAGAGGGAUAUGUUGCUUGGGAGUGUCAAGAAGUCGCUUUUCUGAUCCGCGUGUAGCGAAAGGGGACGGGAGGGCUAUGCUACACUGCAGUCAAAUCUAGGGUCAGGGGCCAUUACCGGCAGCUAAUGGUUGCAUUCCGUCCUCCCGCCAAAGCUGCCGAUUCGCAACUUCGGGGUUGUCCUGGAUGCACUAUGGCUAAAUGACGCUCUCCUCUGGACAUGCCG